UUACACUUAUUGCCUAUAUGUGAAGAGAUGUACAUUGCAUGCACCUACAUGUACAUGUAUACUUGUCUUCAUGACCUUUGUAAUCCGAAAUAAUCACAUGUUCACAUGUUAGUGGAUCUGAAUACAAUGAAUCCACUUAUAAAUAGAAGUUGUUCGUCACAAUGUUACAUUUGGAAUAGAUGUGGCUGUACAAACUUACUAAUAUUUGACUCAAAUGUUGUGGGAAAAAAUGAUGACAGGCUGGGAAAAAAUGAUGACAGGCUGGAAAUCCAGGUGACUGACGGGACAAAAUCUGCUGUUCACCACUCAAGGUCAGUUGGUACAGUAACUGCCCAUUGUGGUGAUUACAUGUGAUGGGCGCUCUUGUGAGGGAAUGUGGCCAUUGGGGUUUUGCCGUUGUGUUCGCCUCAUUCACUAUCCAUCUUCUAGUCAUGUUUGCUUCAACACGCUGCGCUGGAGUACUGUUCUUAAGCUUCCAGAAUGAGUUUCAGAGUACAACUGCACAGACAAGCGCCAUCUUUAGUAUCAUGUAUUCCUCAUCAUACAUUGGAGAUAUGACAGGUGCUGUGCUAGGAAACCACAUGGGCUAUCGUUCUACGGCUAUACUUGGAGGUAUACUGAACACUGCUGGGAUGAUCGGUGGCAGCUUCACAACAAGAAUCUAUCAGAUGUACUUUACAAAUGCUCUGGCAGGAAUUGGUGCUGGAAUCACCUUAAUGCCAGCAAUUGUUAUGGUCGCUAAGUACUUCAAGACGUACUACCCCUUGGCAUGCGGAAUCUCAUCAUCUGGAGCAGACAUUGGAAUGUUGGUGUUCGGUCCAUUGAUGCAGUUGUUGCUCGAUACUUAUGGAUGGAGGGGAACAAUGCUCGUAACUGGAGCAAUUGUGGGUAAUCUUCUUGCAGCUGGGGCGCUUUUUCGCCCAGUGCGGUUGUCGCCUUCCAAGACUUGCAACAAGAAAGACACAGAUGUUGAACACAGCGGGGAAGACAAAGAAAUGCUGCAGGAUAGUCGAGAGGAGAAUCACAAAUCAACACAGAGUGAAGAUCAUGGCAUCAGUGAAGUGAUGAACCAGAGGCAAUCACAAAGUAACAAUGCAACAAACGUCACUUUGAAGUCACAACGUCAGAAGAGGAAUCUAUUCUCCGCAGUUGCCAAUUUACUUUGGUUUUAUCUUCUCCGAGAUUCUUAUCGCCUCUCAAUGAUAAUCUUUACUCAAGUCGUAGCUUACCGCAUCGCUUUUAACUGUUUUAUCAUGUUCUUAGUCCCCUGUGCCACUACGUCUGGUAUUUCAGAGCAGGAUGCGUCCUUUCUUUUAAGUGUCUGUGGAAUCGGCGGGAUAGUUGGACGUCUUAUUUGUGGAGUCCUGACUCAAAAGGCCUCGUCUUACGCCAUCUACCAGGUGUCCAUGUUCGUUAGUGGAUGUGCCGUCUUGCUGGUGCAGUUUGGUACAACCUGGAUUUACAUUUCUGCAUCCAUGAUUGGGAUAACAUACGGAAUACAGUACACAAUCUGGCGAGUCAUGAUGCUGGAGAUAGUUGGAGUGGAUAACAUGGGGUCUGCCAUUGGAAUCUACUCAUGCAUUGGGCUUCCAUUUUCACUCACAAUGCCCAUUUUAUCAGGUGCCCUCUACGAUACAACUGAGAGAUACUCCACUAUGUUCUACAUAUUUGCAGGGUUCUAUUUCCUUGGAUUUGCGGCCAUGUUUCUGGCGCCAGUUUUGAAAAGGAUUGAACCCGGCAUUUUUAAGAAAGAGGACAUAAAAUAAUGUCAAAAACAAUAAUAUUGGAAUGGAUUGAAAACAACUCUACAUGUCGCUGACAAUAGCUACAGUCUUAUUAUUAUCAUCAUAUAUUUAGGCCUAUAUGAUAAUAAUAAUAAU